AGUUUUUCUCGAUAAUAUUAUCUUGUGAUGUAGUGUUAGUUUUCAAACGUCACUUUGGCGAUCAGAGUGACUUUGGUUUUUCGACUAAAUGCAGUAUCUUUUGCCGAUUUAAUUCUUGUCACAUUUAGUUUAGACAUAAAAAGCAAGCAAACAAAGAGGCAUUUUCCUCUUGUUAAAAGUUUUCUUUUGAUAGACUAUAGAGAGCUCAUUCAAGGCCGCCAGCCUCGGGCCAAAAUGAAACGAGUACUGAAACCCAAAAGCGAAUGACCCUGUGUGCGUGCGUCUGUGUGAAUUUUUUUUUUUUUUUUCAUUUGAUAUUGAUGCAAUGUGGAUCCUGGAUGUCAUCGUUGUUGUUCAAUGCUGUUACACUGUUGACUAAAACUGUUUGUGUCUUCUUGACCCACAGGUCUAACACUCAGCGGCUGGUGGUUGUCCAACAAUGAGUUUGGAGAUUCUCCUGGAAGCCGCUCUGUUUGUAGAGCGACAGACCCAAGGUGAAGAGCCCAACGGACAGCCGGACCAGACUCUGAUCGGUGAAGAAGUCGGCACCAAAUUGGUUUACGGUUCGAACGUAUCCAGCGGAUCUGCUCUGCGUCGGGACGAGAGCCCGUCGUCGUCGGUCAUCAACCAUGGCGGUUACUCUGCGCUGGACCAUCCCACGCACGUCACCAGCGUCAUCCAGCGCUCGGGUCCUCCGUCGACUCCGUCGUCUUCCGCUUACGCAGUCAACGGCUCGCGUAAUCUUGCCGCGGCUUUCUACUCGUACCAGCAGGCCAGGAGCCGAUCGCCGAGUCCGGCACGGGGCGGCUCCCACUGCAACGGAGGAGUUGCCCCGGCCGCCAAUGGUGGGCAACGGGCGACGGCCGCUUCGCCACUACAUUCCCAUUCCGUUUCCAACGGCAGUUCGGCGGCUUCGUCUCAGCGGUCUUACCAGUCGUCUCCCAAGAUGAUGCUGGACGCGGAGCCCUACUCGCAGCACGUGCACGCCGGAUACCUGAACAGCGUGGCCUCUUCGUCGAACCUUCAUCAUUCCUCCUCUUCCUCCAACUCUUCGUCAACCCAUCCCUCCUACUCCAGGGUGGACGACCUGGCCUCGAGGAGUCACCGACUUGAGGAGGCCUUGCUGCGGGCGAGCCGUAAAAGUCCACCCGUUCCAGCACCAGCCAACGCUCUUCCUGUUGCCACUGCGGCGGCCGUGGCCGUGGCCGCCUCCUCGUCAUCGUCGUCGUCGUCCUCGUCGGCCGCCACGGCCCAUUUCAAUGCCGGCAACAGCGGCAGGACGUCCGCCGACGAGCUCCUUGAAUUGAAGAAACGCAGCGGGGCGGGGACGCGCGAAGUUCACAACAAGUUGGAGAAAAAUCGGCGGGCUCACUUGCGGGAAUGUUUCGAGUUUCUACGGAAACAGCUGCCGGCCAUCGACGACAAGAAGCUGUCGAAUCUGGGCAUCCUCAAGAGCGCCCUGCGCCAUAUCCAGACGUUGAAGAGAAAAGAGCGCGAAUAUGAGCACACGAUGGAGCGGCUGGCGCGGGAGAAAAUCGCUGCCCAGCAGCGGUUGGCCGCCCUGCGAAAGGAAGUUCCCAGCAUUCCUGGCUACAGCAACGAGGCCGGCUCGCUGGAUUUGACUAGCGUCGUCCCCGUCGUCCUCCACAGCCAGCAGGUGCAGAUGAUCCAGCAGAGUGAGCGUGACUCGCCGCUGACGUUCGCUAACGUCCAGGCCCACACGAUCCGCGAGGAGAACCACUACCGGCUCUCGGGCGGGGCCAGCAGCAGCACCCGCACUCGAGACGGAGACCAGGAGAGCAAUUCCGGAACGUCGACGGCCUCGGAAGGCGGAGAUGCCAGCGAUCGCGACCAUCUGACGGCGACGCCGACGAUGACGACGGAAUCCUACCCUCAGCGGCACCUUGUCGUCCGGCCUGGCAACUCUGCCGAACAAUUACCGGGCGCCGGCCAGGUAUUGGUCAACGGUCGGCAGCUGCCCGCUUCUCCCGUCCCCGGCUCGCUGAAGCGUCCGCACUCGGUCCUGGCCAACGGCGUCGGCCAGGAGGAAGAAAUGGGCUCGAACGAUCCCGAUCACUCGCGGCCGCACAUCAAAUACGUCCGAGCUUCCACGACCAACAACACGACGGUGUCGUAUGCGACGGCGACGACCGUGUCCCAUGCGGCCACUUACGUCACUAUGGUGCCCACGACGGCCGGCGGCGUGCUGGAGCUGGCCGGCGUGCCCAUCGAGACGAGAGAAGGGGCCGCUUCUAUGGCGGCGAUGGCUGGCGGCGGGACGGCCCUCUACCACGUCCGUCACCCAUCGGCCAUCGCCUUCGCCACCUCGGCCGGUGGGCACCACGUCCAGCUGGCUACGCCGCAAGUCCUGGCUGCUCACCACGGCGUCCAGCUGCUCACCCACGGCCCAUCGCUCAAAUUGCUGACGGCCGGACCGACAACCGGUUCCGUACGGGUCAUUUCGGCCAGCGACGUCUCUACCUCAUUGCAGCCUCUAAUGGCUGUCCAUACUUCUUCCUCCGUUACGGGUAGCAAAAGCGGCGAAGAAAUCGCUUUGCUGAACGGAACGGCGACGACAACGACAUCAGGGACGGUCUUUUGUACUCCGUCUGGCGUAGUGAUACCGAGUUUGGUAGCCUUGCCUCCGUCGGAAGUUUCGGCCAGCAGCAGCAGUGGCGGCAGCAUGCCGACGAAUUAUGAGCUGCCGCGACUGCCCACUUCCAUGUCGACUCAUUUCAAACAUUCGUCCACUAUUCCUAAUAGUUCUGCAGUAUUGAGUUUACCCAACGGGUUGCUGAAGGCUACCGUUAAUCGAUCGUUGCAACCGGUGACGACGACAGGUGUGACUCACGUCAUGACGCCGAUAGCCGUCACGCGGUCUCUACCUCUGGUCACCAACAUGGCCGUCGUGGGUCAAUCAACUAAACACGUUGCCCACAUUCUGACCAAUUCAUCCCUGGACAAGAUGGGACUGCUGAAAUCCGGAUCUAUACCCAUUAUUGGCGGGCAGUAUUUGACUCCGGCGUCCGGCAGGCAGCUUAUGAAGCCUGUCGUGGUGGUGGCCGCACCUCCGUCGACUUCGCCCACUACGACGCAAGUCGUCGUGACGCCUCGUGACGGAUCGGCCGCCGCUGCCACCACUCGUCCAUCCACCCCUCAGACAAAGUACCCUCCGACGUAGGAAACGAUUCAAUCCCCUUCAAUCCCUCCCCCUAUAACUUUCCCCCCCCCCCCCUCACCCUCACAAUUUUUCAAUCAAGUUUUUUUUUCGCCUUUUUGUUCGUCUUGAGACGGGCGCGUGGAGGAGCACACCAACUCGAGUACAAGCCAUAGAUUUAAUUAACAUACAAAUUAUGAAUAAACUAAAAAAAAAUUUUCAAAUUCACCUUUUUCUUUUUCUCUCUCCCCCCACCCCUUCCUUAGCCAAUCGUAUCCGCCGAUGACUUGUGUUGUCUCUCGAUCGUCCAACACAAACAUGCACACACAGUGUCUAUUUCGCUGAGAGGUUGAUUAUCCCCCCCCAGACCCAUUUAUAUUGUCCAAAAUUUUUUUUCCUGAUUCAUUCGUUGUGACUGUGUGUGUGUGUGUGUUUAUUUGUUUGUUUGUUUGAGAGAUACGUGCUCACACUGUAUCUCUUUUUCUCUCUCUCUCUAGGGUGGACAUCUUGAUUUUUUUCCUCCCAAAUAAUUUUUUUUUCUCUAUCUCUUUCCUUUUAAAUAGCAUGUUCUGCUUUUGUUGAAACUUCUUUUAAACAUUUUUUUUUUGUGUCUGACCCCCCUAUUGAGUUUUUCUUAUUUUUCUUUUUGGCUAAAAGGUUAACCCUGUGUGUGUUCGGCGCAGAGAAUAAAAAAAAUUCUAUGAUUGCAAAUCAAUCGCAAAAGAAAAAAAGAAAAACGACAAACAAAAUAAUUUUUAAAAAAGAAGAUGAUCAUCCCCCCUUUUUUGUGCUUUUCCCAAACGGAAAAAUUCAAUUGAAAACCCAAGUCCUGUGAUUUUUCGACAAGUCUAUCUCUCUCUGCCGACUCGAUCGCACAUUCGAUUGUGUUCCAAAGGAAAGAAAACAAAAAUCAAUUUGACAUUUCUUGGUCAACCGACGACUUGAGACGACAUCCGGAGAAAAAACGACGGAUCACAUUGGACCUUUGAUUAGACACAAUUUAUACAUACAAAAGAAAAAGGAAAAACUUGUUGGACGAAUGGGAAUAUGUUUCCGUUGUUAUUGAGGAUCGAGUUGUACAUAUAGAAAACGAGCCCUUGUGUUAUUUUUCUCUUUGUCUAACCUCACAUUCAAUUUCUUUCAACUUUAAUCCUCAGUGUCAUUUUUCUUUUUCAUCAUGGCGUUAUUCGCAAAUUUGUAUUUGAUAGGCAAAUUGCAGCCUAUCACCUCUCCCUCCCUCAACUAGUGCAGAAUUUUUCUCUCCCGAAUUCCCUCUUCCCCCCAUCUUUUUUUUAAUGGCCGUUGUUUGUUUCUCUAUUGUGGUUGAGUGUAUUUCGUUUGUUGUUAGACAUGUAAAUACAAUCAGUAAUGUAUUGCCGCCA